AUGAAUCACAACACCAACAUCCACUUUGGGAACCGGACACUGAUCCCACACGAUCUCCACGGCCGGAGUUACCAAGACCCAGCCGUAAGCAUCGUGCCACAUCCGUUCCCUCCCAACCGCGCUCAUCCGACGUUUGAAGGACCUAGCCGAGACGAGCAUCAUUACCAUCAUCAUCAAAACCGACCUCCGGUUUAUCAUCAACCACCUAGACCAGUGUUGCAUUCACACCACGACCAUGUUCUCAAUAGGCGGAGAGAUAGUCAUUUCGAUGCCGUGCUUGAGGGUUUCAUGGAGAGCCAAAGAAGAACUAGCCGCGACAUUGAGACAAAGCUAGAGUUCACGCGAUACGAACUAGAUGGAAGACUUGGAGAACUCUCUACCCAAAUAGAGAGAGUAGAGUCAAGAUGCUUGGACAUGGAGGAAGAUUUGAAGAAGCAAGGCGAGGCCAUUGAAGACAAUAGGAGAGCGAUACACUUUACCAAAGUUUCUACCAAGGAGAUGGAUAAUCACUUAGAUGAGAAGAUCUCAAGUCUUGAUAACAACCUCGAUGGCACCACCAAGAGUCUCCUCAAGCGACUCCAACGUGUAUUUCCUCUGACAGAUAGAGAUGCCUUUGCUGGAACGUGCAAUCUCUAA